AUGACAGAUACUUGCAGGUGUCGGUGCCGAACCAAUGUCAGGAGAGUGUAUAGGUGUGGCUGGAGCUCAGCCGUAUGGCUGCCCAUCGUGGCGACCUUGCUGCUGGUCAAUGAGGCUGCCGGUAUGUCGACGGCGUCUUCCUUUGUGAUGGACGGCGCCACUACGUACUGCUGGGAAGUGGACACGUCCAUUUAUUCCAACACCGUGGACGGCUCCUCGGUAAAAAUGGUGAGCGCGGAGGGCAACGGAUGCCCUCUUAAGCUGUUGAUAGCUUUUCCUACAAAGGACGUGUACGUGUACGAAUCAGUCGACGUUUCGUGGAAUGCCAAAAUGCGCGUAGCUUCGGACGGCUCUUUUGAGCCUAACGCCUUUGGAUUGACUGUUUUGUCUACCGGACUUGACCGCAUAUCGCAAAACAACUAUGAGAUCAUAUCUUCGCGAUUGCGAACGUGCUUGUACGGUGUAGAUUGUAACCCUGUGACGACGGGGUCACAGCUGACAGAAAACACGACGAACAUCCCGCUCAAUUUUACGGACGGACUGGCAUCGUUUGACUCGUCGGAGCUGUCGUUCGAUCAGCCAGGAAAGUAUACGCUGCUGGCUCACUUGAUUUUGCCUAGCAACAAACCUACGAGCAAACGAUACGACUACGCGGUGUUUCUUAACGUGCAGGUCCUCUCGCAUUCUGGUGCAGAAGUCGACACCACUGCCACGCCGUUUUCUGGACCAAGUGAAGAUUCAGGCAGAAACGGUCUCUCGUCGGUUAUCAUCUAUACUCUCAUCGUUGGCGGCAUCGUCGUGGCUGCGUUGGGGAUCAUUGGAUUUGUGACAAUGCGCUCCAAGAUCGACCGGAAACCCGAGGCUGGUACAAGCAAGUAUCAACCCAAGAAAAGCGGAGGAAUGUUUGGCUUUUCAAACACGGGAGUACACUCGAGCGGUGGGGCUGCAGUGGCCAGCGAUGAGGACGUUGAGGAGUUUGCAAUGCUUAGUAUGGAUGAAGCUACGAUUCGUCAGAAUCACGGCAGCGCAUACCUUAGUGCUCUCAAUCGAAAACGACGUAGCGAUGCCGCACCCCCUCAAAAAAAGGUCAGUCCUAUUCAAUUCGCUGGACCAGUGGGAAGUUUGGAUCGUAAAAGUGCGCUUGCUGAAAAUGAAAGCUUCAUCACUGGAGACAUUACACCGCAUAGUGUCAGUAUCGAUAUACCAGCUACCGGUCGUGCCAACUACGUUGGCAUGGAAAAUACUCCGAAGAUUGUGCCACCCAACCAUUCUCCGUUCACCCAACCCAGCUCUCUUCCUGGUCGAAUUUUGUUCAAUGAUAUAUCGGAGGAUGAGGUCACUGCUUGCUCGCGGUCGGGUAUUGUUGUAGGCACGACAUGUCAAUCUAAUUUGGCUGAUACCACCGUGUCCGACGUGACGGAUCUGAACCUUACGGCUGUGUCUGAGCGCAUCAAGCAGCACUGCGCAAUCGCUGAACAGGAGGCAUCUCUCUCUUCUGUCCCGAUGAAGCAAGACGUGCUAACUGCGGACGACCUUCGCGAGUCUGAGACCAAGGGCCCGAUGGAACUGAGUGACCUCCUCGCUUCACGGGUAAAGAAAUAA